AUGCCUCCUCCACCCCCUCCUCCCAAGAGUGUCCUGGGCCGCCAUCGUCUCCUGGCUCCCUCGGCGUCGGUGCGUGUCAGCCCGCUGUCGCUAGGCGGCAUGAGUCUGGGCGACAACUGGAAAGGCAUGAUGGGUGAAUGUACAAAGGAUCAGGCAUUCGAGCUCCUGGACGCCUAUUACGACCUGGGAGGUAAUUUCAUCGACACCGCCAACAUGUACCAAUUUGGACAGAGUGAAGAGUGGAUCGGUGAGUGGCUGCAGAAGACGGGCCGACGAUCUGAGAUCGUGCUCGCAACCAAGUACUCGCUUAGCCCGAUCUUCGGCAAGUCCGUGCAACAGAGCAACUACGGUGGCACGGGCACCAAGAGCAUGCGCGUGGCGGUCGACGAAAGCCUGAAGCGUCUUCAGGUCGAGUAUAUUGACCUGUACUAUGUUCAUGCGUGGGACUUUGCCACCUCCAUCCCUGAGCUGAUGCAAUCACUCAAUACCCUCGUCCAGCAGGGCAAGGUCCUGUAUCUGGGAAUCAGCGACACGCCCGCUUGGGUCGUUACCAAAGCUAAUGCUUAUGCGCGUGAGCACGGUCUACGUCCGUUCUCGGUCUAUCAGGGUCGGUACUCGGCUAUGAUGCGCGAUCUCGAGCGUGAUAUCAUUCCCAUGGCUCGGGAUGAGGGCAUGGCUAUUCACCCCUGGGGUGUCCUCGGCAGUGGAUACUUCCGCUCACCCGAUGCCGCCCCCAAGGAGGGUGGUCGUCAAACGCCUCAUGUGAAGACGGGCCGCGAAGAACAGGUGUCGGCCGCCUUAGAUGCUGUCGCCAAGCGCCAUCAAGUCCCCAUUACGUCUGUUGCGCUCGCUUAUGCACUGCAAAAGGCUCCGUAUAUCUUCCCCAUGGUUGGCGGAAACAAAGUCUCUCAUCUCAAGGCCAAUCUCACUCCUGAGGAUGUGGCAGAGGUUGACAAGGGCUACGAGUUCGAUCUCGGCUUCCCACACAACUUCCUCAACUUGGGUGGCUUUAUGCCCCAGGGUCCACAGCACGUGUCCUACCUCGCGGGCUUGGGUCAUUUCGAUUAUGUCGAGGCUCCAAAGGCAAUCAAGCCUCAGAAGUAG